AUGACCGAACCAGUCGCUAUUAGCCGCCGAUACUGGUCUGAGCCAAACGUGACCGGACCAUCAGCGAUUGACCACCCGCGGUCCACGCCCGCAGACGUCAACUUACUUUGCAGAGGACCGAAUUAUGCUGAAGCGGACGACACCGUCACGGCGGAACAGCCGCCGGCAGAGAGCAGCCAUGAACCUUCUGACACGGGGUCGAUGGGCCUCGUCGAUCUGUUCGACCUGCAGCCGGCUGACCAUGUAUACCGGGAAAUCCCGCUGCCACCAGCUGACCCGUCAACGUCCGUCGACCUUGUGCUCGUCCCGGACAACGUUGUCGAGGUUCCGGAAGUCCCGCCGCCGUCAGAUGACCGGACAACACGAGACGAGACCGUGCCGGAACUGCCAAUCGUUCCCGCGGCGAGUUCCGGCCAGGCCGAACUGGAACCGGAUACCGCCGACAGGGGCCGAGGUGACGACGACGCAAGCCGGGCGAUGGCAGCCGUGGAUGACCCCGCUGCCAAAUCUAAAAAACGCACUACGCUUUGGAGACGGACCAAGCGAAUCGUCCGUCGCAUGUUUUGUUGCGGCGUUUCAGCGGUGGUUACCGGUACGUUUCAUUUGCAAGUUAUCCAGUCGGCCAACUUGACGUGUCCCAACUAUUUAUUCAGACAUUUUUUCAUAACAUUAAAACAAAAUAUGAUAAAUCAAAUGUUUUAA